AUGGCGUCAUGGCGUCAUGGCGUCAAAAAGCUCAUCAAGAGCGAGAAAUCACCUAGAAUCGAUGACGUUGCAGCGGAUGAGCUCACCCUCUGGCGUGUCUCUGUACCAAUCACCGAAGAUAACGACAAAAUCCCCAUUCAGCUUGACAAUGUCACCAAUAACGACAGGAAGAAACUCGGCCCAGUGACGCAUCUUUGGAGAGGAUUGUCGAGUGCAGCGAGCCUGGCACAUGGAUGA